CCCACGGGUGGAGAAAACCCCUUACAUAGAACAGGUAUGAAGCUCCCUGCCGGCCCCAGCGCCACCCUCAAAACCAACCAAGGAACAGUGCUGCUUUCAAUUCCUAUCUCCCCCAAAGGUCUUUCUGCCGGUGUUCCCCCAGAGUGUUUUUCCCUCCUGGGGAUGCACGCCCCCUUUCGCCAGUGGGGCUGCACCAGUAUAGGAGCUAGGAGCACACAUAGGAGAGGUGGGGGAGUUAGAGUGGUCCAGGGAAGGGGGCGGGACUAGGAGGGACAAAUGGCUCCGCCCCACCCUGGGUGGAGGCUUCGCCGUCGUCGUAUAUAAGAUCCAGAGCGAGGCUGCAGUUGCUAGUUGGUGUGCCCUUGCUUUGCAUAUCUCUUUCUGUUUUCUCUCUCUCUCCCUCGACCCCGCCCGUCCGCGAGUUCGGAGUUCGAUUGCGCGUGUCCCCAUCCGUUUGUCCGAGUUCCCCACAGCUAUCGCCGGCGCUGACCAUGGAGCGGCUGACGGUAAAAGCCUAUCUUAUGGGCAAGGAGGAGACGGCCCGCGAGAUCCGCCGCUUCACCUUGGACCCGGUCGACGGCCCAGGCCGCUGCGAGCAGCUUCUCCGACGCGUGGCCGAAGUGUUCCCGGCGCUGCGGCCCGGAGGCUUCCAGGCGUACUACCGAGAUGAAGAUGGGGACCUGAUUGCUUUUUCCAGUGAUGAGGAGCUAGGCAUGGCCAUGUGCUACAUUAAAGAAGAUAUCUUGCGGAUAUAUGUUAAAGAGAAAAAGGAGUGUAAACGGGAGCAUCGUCCCCCUUGUGUCCAGGAGGUUCCCACCAACAUGGUGCACCCCAACGUGAUCUGUGAUGGCUGCAAUGGGCCAGUGGUGGGGAAUCGCUUCAAAUGUACCAUCUGCCCUGACUACGACCUGUGCAACGCCUGCGAGGCCAAAGGCCUUCACAAAGAGCAUAACAUGAUCCUCUUUCAGAAUCCCUUCAACCACCCUGAGUGGAUUUCUCGCCGACGUUGGCUUCAGAAGAUGAGACAUGGGCCGAAUUUCCCAGCUUUUGGUGGAUGGAUGCCAGGCUGCUGGGGAUUCUUUCCUCCUGAUGCCCUGAAUCAGAUUGCUGCCCAGGCCCAAACGAACAGGACUCCCCCCAAUACAGGAGCAGAACAAGCUAGUACCAGUUCACAACAGGACCCCAAUGUCACCUUCCUGCAGAAUGUAGGUGAAAGUGUGGCUGCUGCUCUUAGCCCUCUGGGGAUUGAUGUUGACAUUGAUGUGGAGCAUGGUGGGAAAAGGAGCAAAGUGACUCCAUCCUUCUCUCAGCCCAGCAGUGAGGAGAAGGGGAGCCCUCAACCAAGCAGUUCCUCCUCCAGUCAGAGCCAAGCAAGCACCCAAAAUUCUGAAAUGGAAAUGACCCUCUCUGAGAAAAUGCAGAAGAUAAUUUUGGCCUCUUGCAUGCAAGUGGAUAAGAAUCCCUUAGCUCAAGAACAGACAGAGACUGGAAAUUCUUCAGGAGGUGAUGAUGACUGGACUCACUUGUCUUCUAAAGAAGUGGAUCCUUCCACAGGUGAACUUCAGUCCCUACAAAUGCCAGAAUCAGAUAGUACAAACUCCAUGGAUCAUUCUCCAGCGGGGCCUACAGGGCUCAGGGAAGCUGCAUUAUACCCACAUCUUCCACCAGAAGCAGAUCCUUGCUUGAUUGAGUCGCUCUCCCAGAUGUUGUCCAUGGGCUUCUCCGAUGAGGGAGGCUGGCUCACCAAACUCUUGCAGACCAAGAACUACGACAUUGGAGCCGCUCUCGAUGCCAUCCAGUAUUCCAAGCAUGCACCCCAUCCCUAAAUGAGAUUACUGCUCUUCUAAAACUCCCUCAACCCAACUUUUCUGUCUAACCCCAUGACCUGAGUUAAGCUCGUCUUUGUGAAGGUUAUUUCUGUGUUCAGUCAUGUUAGAAAAGCCAUAUUGUUAGUUCACUUUUUGCUUAGACUGUUGUGAGCACCAGAGCACCCACCUCUGACCCUUACUUCAAAGGGGAAGACAGGAAACAAAGGAUGAUGGAACUAGCUUCUGACUGAAGAAACUGGGAGGGCAUGAAAUGAAAGGUCUUUGUUUCCAUUUUCCUUUAGCUGUGGUGUAAGAGAAUUGUACUAGGUUUGUCAGUUGUAGUAAACCUCUAGCCAUUCUGCAGUUAAAACAGUUAAACUUGUGAAGAAUUAAUGUUGCUUUUUGGUGGGAAAAAUUGCCAUAUCCAACACCAUUCAUUCAAUAAACAUUUAUUCAGCCUU